AUGAGAGAAACUGAGCCUGUUGCGAUUAUUGGCACAGGAUGUCGCUUUCCCGGGGGCGCUUCUUCCCCUGCUAAGCUCUGGGAGCUUCUCCGAAAUCCCCGUGAGAUUGCGCGCAAGAUACCGGCCAACCGAUUCAAUAUCGACGCAUUUUAUCAUCCAGAUGGAGACCACCAUGGCACGACAAACGUCCAGGAAUCAUAUUUCUUGGACGAGGAUAUCCGAGCCUUCGAUGCCGCCUUCUUCAAUAUCUCGCCGACGGAAGCGGCAGCGAUGGAUCCGCAACAGCGAUUACUCCUAGAGACAGUGUACGAAUCGCUUGAUGCCGCGGGGUUACGAAUGGAUGUGCUGCAGGGAUCAAUGACUGGGGUAUUCUGUGGUGCCCUCCGCAAUGACUAUAGUCAAAUCCAGGCGAUGGACCCCCAGGCACUCCCAGCGUACAUGGUUACGGGCAAUUCGCCGUCAAUCAUGGCCAAUCGCAUCUCCUACUACUUUGACUGGCGUGGUCCCUCCAUGACAGUUGAUACGGGAUGUUCAUCAAGUCUUCUAGCUGUCCAUCUCGCAGUCGAAGCUUUGCAGAACGAUGACUGUUCCCUGGCAGUGGCAGUAGGGAGCAACCUCAUCCUGUCACCCAAUGCCUAUAUCGCAGACUCUAAAACACGGAUGCUGUCUCCUACCGGUCGGAGUCGCAUGUGGGACAGCAAGGCUGACGGCUACGCACGCGGCGAAGGUGUUGCAUCGGUGGUUUUGAAACGGCUGCGGGACGCAAUCAUCGAUGCGGACCCCAUCGAGUGCGUGAUCCGAGCCACCGGGGCGAAUUCAGACGGGCGAACUAUGGGGAUCACUAUGCCUAAUGCCAAGGCACAGCAGUCGUUAAUCCUCAAAACCUACGCCCGCGCGGGACUAUCUCCUCAAGACCGGCCCGCGGAUCGGUGCCAGUAUUUCGAGGCCCAUGGGACAGGGACCCAGGCCGGAGAUCCCCAGGAAGCGGCUGCAAUACACGCAAGUUUCUUUGGGCCUGAAUGCGUUGCGGAUCCACCUAACCGACUGUAUGUGGGAUCGAUCAAGACGGUUGUUGGACAUACAGAGGCCACUGCUGGACUGGCGGGACUGAUCAAGGCUUCCCUGUCGCUGCAGCACGGGAUGAUCGUUCCUAAUCUCCUGAUGCAGCAGCUCAAUCCAAAGAUAGAAGCGUUUGCCGCUCAGCUAUGUAUCCCAACGGAGUGUGUUCCGUGGCCUGCGCUCCCAGAGGGCUAUCCCCGCAGAGCCUCGGUGAACUCUUUUGGUUUUGGGGGCGCCAAUGUGCAUGUUGUCCUGGAAAGCUACACUUCCCGGGAGAUCAACCCGUCUCAUAACCUGCCCUCCAGCCUGCCUUUCGUCUUCUCGGCUGCCUCGGAGCGGACACUAACAUCCGUCCUGGAAUCCUACGCGACAUUCCUACGCGAACACGCAGCAGUCAGUCUUCUUAGUCUGGCGGUGUCGAUGUGGACUCGGCGUUCCGCUCAUCGCCACCGCCUGACGCUCAUAGCACACUCGGUAGAGGAAUUACAAGACCAGAUUGACACAGAACUAAGUCGAAGGGCCACGGGUAAACCCUCCUCCAUCGUCUCCAGAUCUAUCAGUCGGCCCAGGCGCGUUAUGGGUAUCUUUACGGGUCAAGGAGCCCAGUGGCCGCAAAUGGGACUCGAUCUGGUCGAGGCAAGUCCUCGGAUUCGACAAUGGAUAGCGGAUCUGCAGGAAGCUCUAGAUCAGCUCCCUCUGGAAUUCCGCCCGGAAUUUUCUCUCCUCCAGGAAUUGUCACGGCCAGCAUCCUCUUCGCGCGUACACGAGGGCCUUCUUUCUCUCCCUCUGCGGACAGCGCUGCAAAUCAUGCAAGUCAAUAUCCUUUGUGCGGUAGGGAUUGAGUUUAGCAUGGUCGUCGGCCACUCCUCUGGGGAGAUUGUAGCAGCCUAUGCUGCGGGUGUGCUGACCGCCUCGGAUGCCAUCCGCAUUGCAUACCUUCGGGGACGAGCAAUUGACGAGUCGCGGGAUUCAACGGGUCGUAUGAUGGCUGUCAAUCUGACGUGGCAGCAGGCACAGGCUGUUUGCGCCGUAGAACCUUAUUCCGGACGCAUCAGCGUGGCGGCUGCCAACUCCCCUUCCAGCGUCACCCUGUCCGGGGACGCAGAGGGCCUGCGGGACUUGGAGUGGCUGCUGAAGAGCCUGGGCUUCACUCCGCGUAUGCUCCAAGUGGACACCGCAUAUCAUUCUCCAUAUAUGAAACCGUGCGCAGACCCAUAUCGUCAGGCAAUGCAAGCCUGCCCAGUUGCUCUGGCACCGUCUGUCGCUCGCUGGUACUCUAGCGUUUACCCCGGGGAGGUCAUGACUGAACAUGACCAGAACCAACGGACGGGAGAGUACUGGGUCGAGAAUAUGUUACGCCCCGUCCAGUUCGCCCAGGCCCUGGAGGCAGCCGUACGAGAGGCCGGAGCACCAGAUGUCAUCGUCGAGGUCGGGCCACAUCCGACCCUCAGAGGGCCGGUCCUGCAAACCUUGUCGAAAGUGAACUCGGCCCAUUCAACAAUCCCUUAUCUUGCCCUUGCUGAGAGAGGAAAGCCCGGUCCUGAUUGCUGGGCAAUGGCUCUGGGAUUGGCCUGGGCGCAUCUCGGCCCUAGUGUCGUCCGUCUCGAGGACUAUGUCUCCCUCCUUGAUCCCGGCCAAUCGCAUGUGCCGGUAGAAUCGCUACCACUCUACCCUUUCGAUCACUCUCAGACCUACUGGGCGCAGUCGCGAAUAUCAUUGAACUAUAACCAUUGCGUUACACCCCCGAACGCCCUCCUCGGUGUUUUCAGCCCGGAGACCGGACCAGGAGAGUUCCGUUGGCGAAACUACCUGCGGCCAGAGGAGCUGCCCUGGUUGGCGGACCGUCGUGUCGGAUCCAGACCUGUUUUCCCUGAGACUGGAUAUGUAUCGAUGGCACUGGAGGCAGGGAUGAUAAUGGCAGACACCAAGGGACUCCGCUUGCUGAGUGUCAAGGAUUUAACCGUCCACACCCCACUCCCCAUCCAGAACGAUCCCAUCGGCACGGAAGUACUUGUCACAGUGGAUGGUAUUUCCUCGCAUGACGGAGUCAUUUCCGCCCUGUUCCGCUGCGAGGCUGCUGUAUCAGGCGAGUUUGUCAAGUGUGCAACAGCCAAGAUGAUCAUGCAUCCAGGGGAUCCGGACCGUGCUCUCCUCCCCCCACAAGGCCAGCUGGCUCCCGCAGUAGAACCAGUGGAUAUCAACGGGUUCUAUAAUAGUCUGCGCUGCGUGGACUAUCACUGUACUGGGUCUUUUACUGGCUUGACAGGACUCCACCGACGGCGGGAUCUCGCCACUGGAACGAUUCACGUCCCCUCGAGAGAUCCUGACGGGCCUAUUAAUCUCCAUCCCGUAACCUUGGAGCUCGCUAUUCAAGCAAUGAUUGCCGCGCUGGGUGCGCCCGACGAGGGGCUACUGACCGGAGCAUUGCUGUCCAAAACUGUGGACAACAUCUGGAUCGAUCCUGCCUUAUGUGCCCUUGGAAAGGAAAUGACGGUAGUCAGCUAUCUGACCGAUGUCGACGGAGAUCAUAUCCGGGGUGAUAUCGAUAUAUUUACAAUGGAUGGGCAAAAGGCCGUCCAGCUGGAGGGCGUUUGCCUCGUAUGCCAGCCAUCUGGGAAUGCACCGACGGAUACGCAGAUCCUUUCCCAGACCGAAUGGGGCCCGCUUGAGCCCAGUCUGAAGAGGGCAUCACACCCAUUGCCAGCGGAUGUGCUAGAACUAUACUCUCUCCGAGAUGAGCUUGCGCUACUGUAUAUCAAACAGGCCGGCCAUGGACUGACAGACUCAGAGCGAAGUGGAUUGGAUUGUGAUGGCACUCGGCUGCUAGCACAGAUGAACCAGUGCAUUGUGGAUAGUCGCGAGGGACUACAGCUUGCAGGCUCGUCCGAACGGUUGGACCAGAGUGUUGAGGCCUUCAGGGCUGGAUUGGGCCCUUCUCUCGAGGACCCCGGUCUCAGGGCGAUUGCUGCAGUUGGCCAACAGCUGCCUCACGUCCUGCGCGAAUCGGGUCGUCAAAGAGUGGCCUGGCCGCACUUCGACGAAGGAAACGAGUAUUUGAAGCAGGACGUUCAGGUCUCCCACCUGGUAAACAAUCUCAUCUCCGUGGUCAGUCAGACGUGUUUCCGCUUUCCGCAGAUGGACAUCCUUCAGAUCGGCACGUUGGGAGGUUCAGUUCACUCUGUACUGAGGAAGAUGGGCAGGAGCUUCCGGUCAUUCACCUAUGCAGCGCCCUCUCAACCGAUAGAUGGGGCCGACCUUGAGCGGCCUGGCGAGGUGCAACGCAAAACCUUCGAUGUCGAUCGAAAUCCCCUCGAGCAGGGCUACCAGGAUCAUGCCUACGAUAUGGCUCUUUUCACCACCGCGAGAUUCCCCCGAGAGGUCGCAGUGACCCAUAUCCGUCGCUUGCUCAAGCCUCGCGGAUUCCUGGUCCUACUGGUACGAUCGAACCCUGAUAUCACACAUUUGAAUCUUCUAUUCGGCCCUCCUGCGAGAUGUAUAGAGACAUGCUCCGGUGAGCAAGUUAUCACUAGGGAGCACUGGAUUGAGCUACUGUCUACACACGGGUUCUGGGUGGAGUCGCUCGAUGCACCCAACGAAUUUGCAAGCCUCCAGGGCUUCUCUCUCCUUCUUUGCCGGGCACCGGGCGACUACAAAAAACAAUCGUCUCGCGGAGACCUGCUGCUAGUAGGCGGUGACGCUAGGAAUGCAGACUGCGUCAUAUCAGAGCUUGCUGAAUUGGUACAAGGCAGAUUUGAUCAGGUUCUUCGAUCGCCAUCCCUGGAUCUGGUGGAGGUCACUGAUCCGUCUGAGCUGACGGUUCUAUACCUGGUCGACGAUCGAGAUCUCACCGAAGCCAGCCUGAGCGGACUGCGGACACUGAUUACCGCCUGCAAGCGGGUCUUAUGGGUGACAUGUGAGAAGACCGAUCAGCCGAACGGUGGAUUGACGAGAGGUCUUCUUCGCAGUAUCAUGACCUCUGAACGACUGUCCUGUCAGCUGCAGCUGCUACACAUCACGGAUCCGGCUGGAGUGUCAGCGAAAGUCCUGGCCAUCGCCCUUGAACGCUUGGUCCAAGCCAGUGCAGCUCAGGAAUGUCCUGAUUCGUGUGGAUUGGACAGCAUUGAGCCCGAGGUUGAAUAUGACGGCUCUAUGUUCCGCAUUCCUCGUCAAUACCACAACUAUUCCACUGGGCUGCGCCAUCUAGCUAGGCGGCAGACGGUGACAGACUGUGUGGACCUCAGCCAGGGAGUGGUACAGGUUCUCCCCCCGGCCGCUGACGCGACUCGUGAAGGGUUCCGACUACUCUCGGUGGCUCAACCCCCGCAAACCUCAGACGACGGAUCGACCAUUUGCCUGCGAGUGCGAUAUUCCAGUCUCGCCGCAGUACGAGUAGCAGGGACAAUGUUCCUGCGACUGGUCAUAGGGAGGGAGGUUAGCAGCAACAACAGAAUGAUUGCUCUGUCGUCCCACAUUGCAUCUCAGGUGAUCGUCCCGGAGUCGUGGGCGUGGCCACUGCCAGACACAGUGUCGAAAGCCCAAGAGCAGUCUUUUCUGCACGCCACGGCGGCUGCUCUGCUGGCGGGAUACCUUGUCGACCAGAUUCCAGCGUUCGGGACGCUCGUGGUGCACGAGGCCGACCGGGUCUUCCAGUCAAUCGUCCACCAAAGCCCAACCUGGCGCAAUGUUAAAGUCAUCUUCAGUACCAGCACAAGCAACCCGGACAGGGACGGACCGGUGUUGUCCUUGCACGAGCAUAGUACCGCGCGACAGUUAUCACAAGUACUGCCCUCGGAUGUAUCGGCUGUGGCUCUUUUGAAUCGCCGGGGACAGAGCAUAUAUGACCGUAUGUUGUCGCUCUUGCCUGACAACGCGACACGGAUCCAAAUAGACGACGUCUACUGUGUAUCUGCGUCCACAAUGACGACCAAGGGGCGUGAUUCUUUGCUCGUAGCCAAAGCCUUCAUAACCGCCUGCAUGGUGGCGUACACCAGCUGCGAGGCGGUCUCAUUGACCUCCGUGGAUUCGGUGCUAAUUGCUAAUGUUGCGGAGUACCCUACCACUCAUUGCCACCAGGGGAUUAUAGAUUGGGACCUUUCGAUUCGGGUGCUGGCCCAGAUACCAACUGCCAGUUCCCAGGUGCGGCUGUCGCAGAAGAAAACCUACAUACUAGUAGGACUUGACAGCGAACUGGCCCGAAUGGCCUGUCUCUGGCUGGCAGCACACGGGGCAAGAUGGAUUCUCCUCGCUAGCUCCAAACCGGAGCCGGAUGCGUGGUGGUUGGAAGAAGUUUCCAGUCGCGGAACGCGCAUCACUUUUUCGACAAUGAACCUGAUCGACGGCGUUUCCGUCAGAAGUUUGCAUCAGAGCAUCGCCCACCCGUUCCCUCCGGCCGUAGGAGGAGUGCUGAUUGAGUUCGGGCCGCUGCCUGACUGCUCCUUGUCUAAGCUCACCGCGGGAGUACUCCAAAGCCAACUGCAUCCGGUUUUGAAGGAGCUGCAGCUGCUAGAUGAGCUUCAUGAAAACCCAACCUUGGACUUUUGGGUGCUCAUCGGAUCGAUUGCAGGAACGCUAGGCCACGCGGACCAGGCAAUGACCGCGGCUAUGUCCGAGAAGAUGGCCACAUUGGUCCGCCAACGUCGGUCUCGGGGCAGGCCGGCGAGCCUGGUACAUCUGGGAGAGAUCAGCGGCAUUGACAUCCCCUCUGCCAGGCCGCGCCCUUGGUGGGGUCCGGCCGCUGUAACCCAGCGGGAUAUUGACGAAGUACUCAGCGAAGCAAUCCUUUGCGGAGACCCAAAUUCCACUCGCAGCGCCGAGUUCAUUGUGGGCCUUCGACAUCAGAGUUUGCAGAAUGGUCGCAUGGCCUGUCCAGUGCCGAAGUUGUGGCCGUUCUACUCUUACACAGCCACCGCGAGUCAGGACCAGGUGCCUCCGUUGCCUGAGUCCCAGUCAACUAAAGAUCUCGUGGCCGCGGCGACCAGCCGGGAGGAAAAGACUGAGGCAAUCGCGGCCUGCCUCAUGGAGAAGAUCCGGGCCAGACUGAAUCUGACUGCAGAUGCACCGCUCUCCUCCGACACGCUAAUUCCGGAGCUUGGGGUUGACUCGCUCGUCGCUGUUGAGCUACGCAGGUGGUUUGCAAAAGAAUUGGCUGUCGACAUACCGAUUGUGUUGAUUCUCAGCGGUGCAUCUGUGGGCGAAUUGGCACAUUCAGCUGCCUCGAAGCUCUGUAAUGGCAACAGCGGACUACGUAAUAGUAUUAGCUCAGUGUAG